CAAUCGUGAUUGGACGGUUUUGACUAACCAAUGCGAUCGAUCGGUUUCAAUUGUUUUUCAACAGAAUAAUUGGCCGCGAUAUAAUUAAAUUCGGAAACGGUGCGCAACCGACUCUUCUUAAUCGCGGUAUGUAUAAAUAUGUACGCACACACAUACGCGGGUAGUAGCGCCAUGUUUACGAAAAGCUGCUCUCUCGGUCGAUUUCCACACCAUGGGCGGUCUUUUAUCGUCUGCAAUGUUUUUUGCGCCCAGCCCAAAAAUGACCGAGAGUCGCGAGUGUUUGUAACAUCGUUAAAUAUCCGUCGAAUGGUGUGAGAGAGAGAGAGAGCGCCGCUCUCUUAUAUAAAACUCUUGGAAAUACAUACAAGUUUAUAUUUCGUAGAAACAUGCCGAACGAACGUGUUGCAUUUUCGAUCGUUAUUUUGUGAGCGUCGUGAUUGUAACAAGACAAUUUUUUUGACACAAUUAAAUUCAAAACUCAGAGUGACUUUAAAGUGAACAACACAAAAAGAGGUUUGGUUUUGUUUUGUUUGUUAAAGCUUUGAGUGCGCGGGGUGAGAUGAAUCUCGUCGAUUGAGAGUUGUGCAGGGAGAAAGAAAACGAAGAGGCGCACAAAGAACACCGUCAUGUCUUAAUUACAAUUUGAUUUGUAUAUAAAAGCGAAGAAGAGAGAAAGAGGGAGAGAAAAAAAGAAAACCCUCCCACGGAUAUAUAAUGAGCAAUAACGUGUUGCUUUGACACGAUUGAGAAUCAAGCACCGAGAAGCUUUUCGUUUCAAAUCUCAAGCAAAGAGAAGACUUUUACACGAAGCUUUAAUGAAUAUGAUAUAUGUUAUUGAAUAUAUUCGCACAUAUUGAAGAUACGUUUUGUUAAUUGAGGCUUUGUUUAUGCCAAAUAAGCGUUAAGUUGUUUGACAAAGUUGUUUUUUGCUGCACAAGAAACGAGAAAAAAAAAUAAAUAAAUAGGUGAAAAAUGGCAGGAAAUAAUAAUUCAAUGAAUUCGUCUAGAGGCAGUAGCAAUCUUCAGAAUCGAAAUUCACAACGAUCAACUCUGUUGAAAGUAGUGAUUCUUGGAGACGGUGGUGUUGGAAAGUCCUGUCUUAUGAAUAGAUUUGUGUCAAAUCACUUUGACGAGCAUAGUUUUCACACUAUUGGAGUUGAAUUUCUAAAUAAGGAUAUUGAAAUAAAUGGCGAAGCAUACACAUUACAAAUAUGGGAUACUGCUGGACAGGAAAGAUUCAAGACUCUUAGAACACCGUUUUAUAGAGGCUCAGAUAUUUGUCUUCUUACGUAUGCGGUAGAUGAUAGAACAAGUUUUAGGAAUCUAGCAUUAUGGAGAUCUGAAUUUCUUAAGUAUGCGGAUGUUCAGGAAGGCACCAUGUUUCCAUUUAUUGUUGUUGGCAACAAGGUGGACGUUCCUGAAUCUGAAAGACAAGUUUCCACGCAAGAAGCUCAAGCGUGGUGUAUAGAAAAUGGUAAUCCUCCAUUAGUUGAGACAUCGGCGAAAGAUGCUACUAAUGUUGAGGCAGCAUUUGGAGCGGCAGUUGAUGCUUGGGCGAGAUUGGAAGCUAGAUUAGAACGACCUUUAGUAGAAGAUACUGUCGAUCUUUCGAAGCAACAGUCUCAGCACCGUACAAGCUGCUGCAUGCCUGUUUCAGGCACUGAGUCUAACAAAAUAAUUUGAAGAGAAUGUCUCUUGCCUGUCUACAAUACUUUCUUCAUUAGGUGGUAAAAUGUCUAUUGAUAUUCACAUUUGUAUGUGUGGUGUGGUUGUGAAAAAAUGGAAUAUGUAUGUGUAUGUAUAUAUAUGUGUAUAUACAUAUAUAUAUAAUUUUAAUUUUUUUCUAAAAUCAGUCUGAACUUUUCGUUCUUUAUCUCCCUAUCCAAAGAGCAUAUAGAAACAUUUUUGUGUACAAUAUUAUUAUUAUCAAUAAAUAAUAAUAUUGACAUUAUUAUCAAUAAAUAAUAAUAAUAUUGACGACGAACUGGUCUGAGCAUAUAUUUUCUCUUUUGGUAAAUUAUACUGGAAUAUUCUCAAGUGAAAGCACACAAAGAUCUUGUAUAAGACAAAUAACAUGUUGCGAUUGAUAUUUGUGAAAUAAGAAUUUUAAGAUGUAAGGUCAAGUUGAACGUCCUAUUCUAUGCUUUAAGCAGCUCUUAAACUAAUGACAGUAUUUUAAGUGUUUCACACAUCAUUGGCUUGUGAUAUAUCGAUAUUAGUAGUAAUAAAAAUAAAAUUGCUUAUGUAUAUUUAUAUAUAUAUAUACACUUAUAAGAAUAGGCGUCAAGUGUUAUAAGUUUAGCUUUAUGAUCUAAAUCUGCCUUAUUCUCGCGACAUAUGAGAGCAGUAAAAAGCAACGUAUAUAACUCUUUUAUAUAUAUAUAUAUAUUUAUAUUUAAGUAAAAUAUUGAAAAAAAAAAGUAAAGUUGGCAACUGUUGUACAAAAUGCGGCAUAUAUAUAGAUAUAUCUAUGAUAUAUAUAGAUAUAUAUAGAUAUAUACUCUUUUUUGCUCUUAAAACGUCCUGUAUUGGAUAUAUCGAAUAAUUUUUUCCUCUAUAAAAUUAAUAUUACAUGAAAGUGAGCGUUUUUUACGAUGCGUUCCUACGGCUAUGUAUCUUAUUUGCAAAAUGUUUAAUUCUUUAUAAACGCGUUUGUAUACAGCGCAAAGAAAAUUAUGUAACUUCCGAAGAACAAAGUUAUUCGUAAGAUAUGCAUGAUUUUUUAUAUACAGCUAUAUGUGGGAUAUACACGCAAAUUUAAUAAAAUUUAAUAGAAUUAAAUAAUAUAUAUAUAUAUAUAUGUAUAAGGAAACAUAUAUAUAUAAUAUAUACAUAUAUAGAACGCGGUAAAUGUUAGAUAAAAUUGUCAUGCAUAAAAACUAAUCAUAUCAAGGUUACGAUUAUUCAUCACAUAGUUAUCACAAGCAUCAUCCUCACACCAAGUUUUUCUAUACGCGAGAGAAAUUUAUAAAUUAUUUUUAAAAAAAGAAAUAUACUGCUGCACAUAGACAUGUCCUAUUAUAUAAAAAAAAUGCGCAUAUGCCAAUCAUUAUUUAUUAUUUUUACAUACUUAAUCAAUACAUACACAGCUAUUUCUUGUAUGUACGUAUAGUCUAUAUUAUAGAAUAUAGACUAUAAUAUAUAUGUGUACGCGCGCGCGCGCGUGUGUGUGUAUGGCUUAAGAUUUUAUAAAUCUGGAAAUCGAUUGUGCAAAAACAAAAGAAAGAAAUAAACUUACAGUGCUUGUUUAUAAAAAUAAUGUUGUAUUGAUUAU